AAAAAAGUGCGACCUGUUGUUCUUCGGCGCUGGCUUCCAGGAAGCACGAGUUCAUGUGUCAUCUGUGUCUUAUAUUAAGUUGUGAUUGAGCCAUGUCUGAGUUGGUCGUGCCAGAUCCGGAAGAACUGUUUGAGUGUCCCUAUGACAAGGUCCACAUGGUGCGAGCGAAGAGAUUCCAGUAUCACCUCAUGAAGUGCCGCAAGAAUUGGCCUGGAUCAGAGUUUUCGGUGUGUCCGUUCAACGCUAAGCAUGAGAUGCCGAAGCCAGAACUACGAUACCACAUGGCCACUUGCAGUGACCGAGCCGUCCUGGAGAAAGACAUUGCUUAUGAGAAGAGCAAGAUGAAUGAAGAGGGGACGUUCUUCAAGGGUUGCACGGACGUACCGCCCUACACCAAACAUAUGGCCUGUGACGAGAGCUGGGAUAUGGAGAUGAAUUCCUGUCCAAGAAUUGGAGUGGAACCUGAGUUCUUUGACAAGUUUAGGUUUAUCAACCUCUCAGGAUAUGCCCAGUCACAAAAGCGUCAAUAUUAUGAGAAUCUCAAAUCCGAAUUUGAAGGACAGACUGUCAAGAAGCCGCUUGCGGGUAAGAAUCCAUCAGGCAAACUACGGCUUCCACAAGAAUCCUCAAAGGCCUCCAAGCUAUCAGAACAUCAACAGCCCAUACAACAUCCUGCCAAUGUGUUUGCCUACUCUCUGUCCAUGGCGGGCCUGGGCCGUGGGAGGGGCAAGUCAGCAGUGGAUGCUCAGCCAGUGGGCCUUGGUACCGGCAAUAUCUUCAACAUGGGCAUCGGGAGGGGGCUGCCAACACCAGCCAUCAGAGAUUUGCUGACAAACAAGUCCAGUACAGCCCCGAAGUCUGUAGUCCCAGCAGCCAACAGUGUUUCUGCACGUCCAACAGGAGCCAACAGUGUACAACAGAACGUCCUGCUGCACAGUCCAGAUAAUCCCGACACAUCUGUGGUAUCUGCGACAGAAGGCAAUGUCUCAAACUCAGGAAUUAUGUUCAAAGAAGGUGAGAUCUCUGUGGGGAGAGUAGCAGUGGAGAGCACCUGAUACAACCUAGUACCUGCAGUCAUCCUCAAAUGAUACAGGUUCAGGAUCAUCUUCAAGAAGCUGGGUGUUCUUGCAGAGUCUUUCUAUAUGUGCCAACAGGGCAUAGUGCUUUAUUUCUGUCUGUUUUGUUCUUAAUGCCAUUUGACAAAAUGGUCAAUUUUGACUGUUCUUUUAUCUAUAUUUGAAAUACUAAAAAAUAGGUAUAAUUUGUUCAUCAUCCUCAACAUUUGCAAACAUGCUUAAGAGUUUAUAAAACAGAGAAACAAUUAUCUCUGUUAUCUCAAAUGAUUGUUUUCUGAAUAUGAGCCCAAAUGCAUUUUAUUAUUCAGGGCUCGAUUUAAGAGAUGUUAACCUACUUGCACCAGGUGCAACCUGAGAUAUAAACCUAGUUACACCAGCCAAAUUUCAGUUGCACUGCUUUUAUUGCAAUAUGUACUGUAAGAAAUAUGCUAUUGAAUUAUUUAGAUGUUUUAUUCAGAGUUUACCGACUCA